AUGGCUGGUCUCCUUGCCCCGGGAGGCCGAGGCUUGCUCCGGGCCUCGCGCCUGGGCGUCCCACGCCUGGCCCCGGCUCUGCGCUCCUGCUGCAGCCAGACCCACCCGGCCCCCCACCGGGGCAUCGCCUGCAGGACUCCUGGGGACUCCUUCCUGCACGGCCCCCUGGCCAGGAGGCUGCCCUGCCCUCGCUGGGCGUCAGGCUCCGCCUUCAACGUGCCCCCCAGCGCCGAGGACACGGCCAGGACGGUGGGCAUCGGCUCCAUGUUCAAGCUGCCCAUGCAGGAUUCGGCCGAAGGACUGGACGUGGCCUUUGUGGGCGUCCCUCUUGACAUCGGCACCUCCAACCGCCCCGGGGCCAGGUUUGGCCCUCUCCACCUCCGUGCUGAGUCGGUCAUGGUGCGCCGUUUCAACCCCGCCACCGGGGCGGACCCCUACCACUCGCUCCAGGUGGCCGACAUCGGGGACGUGGGCAUCAACCUCUACGACCUGAAGGACAGCUGCAGGAGAAUCCGGGAAGCCUAUCGGAGGAUCGUGGCGGGGGGCUGCAUCCCCCUCACGCUGGGCGGAGACCACACGAUCACCUACCCCAUCCUGCAGGCCUUGGCAGAGAAGCACGGCCCGGUGGCUCUGAUCCACGUGGACGCCCACACCGACACGGGUGACCAAGCGCUGGGGGAGCGGAUCUACCACGGCACCCCUUUCCGGCGCUGCGUGGAGGAGGGGCUGCUGGACCGCCAGCGGGUCGUUCAGAUCGGGAUCCGGGGCUCCUCCUACUCCUCGGAUCCAUACAGGUUUUCCUGGGAUCAGGGCUUCCGGGUGGUGCUGGCGGAAGACUGCUGGAUGAAGUCGCUGGCCCCCCUGAUGGCGGAGGUGAGGGCGCAGGUGGGCGACCGGCCGCUCUACCUCAGCUUCGACAUCGACGCCCUGGACCCGGCCUUUGCUCCCGGCACGGGGACCCCUGAGACGGCAGGCCUCACCCCGGCCCAGGCCCUGGAGAUCAUCCGAGGCUGCCAAGGGCUGCGUGUCGUAGGGGGGGACCUGGUGGAAGUGGCCCCCGUGUACGAUCUUUCCGGCAUCACGGCCCUCCUGGGCGCAAACCUCCUCUUUGAGAUGCUGUGCGCCCUCCCUGGGGUGAAGAGGAGCCCCCUCCCCAAAAAGUCCGACUCCACGCUCUGAGAAUAAAAGGGUGCCCCCCU